GCAAAGUCUCAUUGACUCCCACUUUGUGUUCAAACAAUACUUUGCUUUUCAUUCAAUUCAUAAUUAAAUCGAAAAAAUGAGGUUUAGAUUUUGCGGACAAAACGACUGUCAGGACUGGCUUUUGGCACAAAUCUCUUUGCUCUCAAAACUCACAUCCAUCAAAAUGAAACUCUUGUGCAAUGAAUGUCUCAAUGAUUUGAUUGACAAACAAAUGAACAUGGAGAAAGUGAUGAAAAUAGGAUCCGAUGCCAAACUGGACGCUCAAGAUAUGAAAGCAUGUGUUUCGGCCGUUGUCUUCGUUUUGUCCAACUCUUGCAAAUAUAAGACCGAUUGUGAGACACUUUCACAUGAAUUACAACAAUUAGGUCUUCCCAAAGAACACAGUCUAUCACUUUGUAAAGUGUACUCAGAAAACAUGGAUCGACUCCAAGAGGCUCUUAAGCAACAGAGUCUUCGAUUGAGUCGUUUGAAUCAAAUUGAAUAUAAAAUCGACACUCAAUUCAAUAGUUCAUCUCAUAGAGUGAAAGCACCGGCACUUGAAAUAAGUGUUGACACACUUCGUGACCAAACCAUUGAGAAGACAACUUUUUACGUAACUCACGAAAAAUUGUCGGCUUUAAUAUAU